AUGGCAUCGUCUGUAGAAAAGUCAGCUCUGAAUGCUUUCAGAAGGAUAGUUAGCGAGCUCCGAAAGUCUGAUAAGAGUUUUGGGCGGAAUUCCGUACAAUAUAAACAUUUGGUAGAUCAAAUGAAGGAUCAUCUUGUAACUCAACGUGUGUACUCCAAGGCUCCCCAAGAAGCUGAACACGUUGCUAAUCUUUAUGCAACUUAUUUAUCUAGUACUCGGAACUUGAAGGAACUCGAAAAACGGUACCGUGGUAAUGAACGAUCAGUUGAAGAAAGUGCAAGACUGGUAGGGUUAGCUCUACCAGAAAAGAAGUAG